AGGGGCAUCACCUGUGCCGGUGGCAGACCCAACGCAUUAAGUACAUGGAGGAAGGAAAUCAGACUGGGAUGGUCCUCUUCCACUUCCGCCCCUUCUCCAAACUCCCCGAGGUGCAGAUGCUGAUCUUUGUGCUUUUCCUCAUGAUGUACCUGGUCAGCAUUGGAGGAAACAUGUCCAUCGUCCUCACCAUCUGGAUCAAUCGGUGUCUCCACACCCCUAUGUACUUCUUCCUGGCCAACCUGGCUAGCCUGGAGAUCUUCUAUUCUUCUACCAUAGCCCCCCUGACUCUGGCCAGCAUCCUGUCCACAGAGAGGACUGUGGUCUCCCUGGCAGGCUGCGGUGCCCAGAUGUUCUUCUUCAUCUUCCUGGGCAGCGCUGACUGUAUUCUGCUGGCUGUCAUGGCCUAUGACCGGUUUGUGGCCAUCUGUCACCCUCUGCGCUACACCCUCAUAAUGAGCUGGCACUUGUGUGUCCAGCUGGCCCUGGGGUCCCUGCUGCUGGGUUUCAUCUUGGCCAUGCAGUUGACUGUUCUCAUCUUCCAACUGCCUUUCUGUAGCAGUAAGGAAAUCAGCUUGUUCUACUGUGAUGUCCUCCCUGUCAUGAGACUGGCAUGUGCAGACACCCAUGUCCAUGAGGCCACUCUGUUUGUGGUCAGUGUCAUUGUCCUCACCAUCCCUUUCCUCCUCAUCACUCUCUCCUAUGUCUUCAUUGUGGAUGCCAUCCUGAAGAUUCGCUCAGCUGAGGGGAGGCACAAAGCCUUCUCUACCUGUUCUUCCCACCUGACCGUUGUCCUCCUGCAGUAUGGAUGCACAAGCCUCAUCUACUUGUGUCCCAGCUCCAGCUACUCUCCUGAGAGGGGCCAGGUAGUAUCUGUGGUUUACACCUUCAUCACCCCUAUGCUGAAUCCUUUGAUCUACAGCAUGAGGAACAGAGAACUCAAGGAUGCUUUGAGGAGAGUGAUAAUGAAAUUGGUUUUGAUUCAAACACAAGAAGCACUCUAAAUAAUCCUCUACAAUAUCUUGCAUAGAAAUCCUGAGUUGAACAAACAUAAUAUGAGGAA